AAAGUCCAAUUCCUAUGACACAUGGGAUCAACGGAAAUCUGGGUACCCAAUUACCCUCCUUUGCGCCAAUUACUACUCUAAGAAUACCACGAUGUUCUAUAUGCGGGACACUUCAGAAGCAACAAAACGCUCACCGGUAUUGCAAAGCACUACUACUGGCCCCACAUGGCAGACAACGUCCAGCAAUUUGUCACCUCGUGUACGACAUGUCAACGGAUGAAGAGCAGCAAGCAGAAACAGGCAGGACUGCUACAGCCUCUUCCUCUCCAGAAAAGCCAUGGCAAGUGGUUCGCCUGGAUUUCAUAACCGGGUUACCAACUAUCACAGGCGGUCAUGACGCAAUCCUCGUCGUCAUCGACAAAUUCUCCAAAAUGUGACACUUCAUCUCGACACACACGACAG